AUGAUGUCGACAUGUCGACGGUCGUCAAGGCCAAGGAUGGCAAGCUCAAGGUCGGCAAGAAGACGUGGACGCUCAACCCAUCGUGGACCGCCGUCGAUGGCUCGUACCGCAUCGGCUCCAAGCGCGCAUACGAGCUUUUUCCCGCGCCGCUCGUCAAGCGCCUCAAAGCCGAGGCCAAAGACGCCUUUCUCACAUUGCACCGGGUGGCCGUCGACGUUGUCCAAGCCAAGUUGGUGGCGUGGGAGACGUCCGAGCGUACGGUCGACGUGCGCCGUGACCUACUGGCACAGCUCUCGAUCCUCGACGAAUCGGCCAAGAGCUUUGACGACAUGGGGCCUGUGUACGACUGCAUCCUCUUUUUUGACGGGAGCGAGUGGCGGGCGGCGAUCGACGACUCGGGCAACUGCGACUUUGGCGCGAUCGAAGCCAUCGGCGUCUAUCACAAGCGGUGCGAGUUUCGCUGUUUUAGCGACGCCUCCCAGCUGCACUACGCCUUUAACGUCUACGACAACGGCGACGUCCUUAGCAUCGUCUGUGACGCCGGGUCGCACGGCACGCACGUCGCGUCGAUCGCGGCCGGUCACGACCCAGAAAACGCAGCCAACAAUGGAAUUGCGCCCGGCGCGCAGCUCGUAUCGAUCAAGAUUGGCGACACACGCAUGGGGUCGGCCGAGACGGGCACUGCCAUCUCGCGCGGUAUCCUCGCGGUCCUCCAGCACAAGUGCGACGUCGUCAACAUGAGCUACGGCGAACACGUCGUACAUCCCAACCACAGCCGAUCCGUCGACCUCAUCAACGAGCUCGUCCACGACCACGGCGUCACGUUUGUAGGCAGCGUGGGCAACGACGGCCCGGCGCUCGGGACGAUCAAAGGUCCGUGCGGGCUCUCAUCCAGCGUACUCGGUGUCGGCGCGUACGUUUCACGGGACAUGAUGUCCAAUGUCCACAGCUUGUGCCCGCCGUUCGCCGAGUCGACGUUGUAUACGUGGUCGUCGCGCGGCCCGUCGUUAGACGGCGACAAUGGCAUCUCGGUCGUCGCACCCGGUGGUGCGAUCACGUCAGUGUCCCAUUGGACACUGAGCAAGCAGCAGCUCAAGAACGGAACGUCGAUGGCCGCGCCGCACUGCGCGGGCGUCCUCGCGCUUCUCAUCAGCGGUCUCAAGGCGCAGCAGAUUCCAUACCACCCGUACAGUCUCCGACACGCUCUCGAAGCGACAGCGACGCCAUUGCCGGGUGUCGGGGCCCAAGAGCAAGGCUGCGGCUUGGUCAACACGCCAGGAGCGUUUGACCACGCGGUGCGUCAUGGCCCUCGCCUUUCUGGGCAACCGUGGUUCCUGGACGUGCGCGUGACGUCGCCAGGACGACCGACGGCGCGGGGCAUCUGCCUCCGCGAGCCGUUCGAGGUGACGCCGGCGCGUGUCGAGCGGACGAUCAAAGUGACACCAGUCUUUCCAAAGGCGGCGCCAAACACCGAUCGGGUCGCGUAUGCAAAAACGUUGCGUCUGGUCGCGACGCAGCCGUGGGUGCGCGUGCCGUCGAUGCUGACGCUGUGCAACGACGGCCGGUCGUUUGUCGUCUCGAUCGAAAUCGAGCACGUGGCGACGAACUUUGACGCGCAGAUUCUGGCGUUUGAGACGCCAUCGAUCGACGAACCCUGUGCUACAGUGUCUAAAUCGCCGGACGAAAAGAAAUCGACUAAAAUUUUCCAUUCUGACUGGAAAGAACGAGUUGAGCGUUGA